AUGUCCGCUGUCUUCCACAGAUGGUUUCUCUCCCAAAAACCCGUUGGUGCUUCGGUCGCUGACUUGGAGACCAGUAUGGAUCCCCGGUUGUCCUGGCACAAAUUGAAAAGAUAUUCAUUCACGUGGAAAAGUAUAUUGCAUUACACAUUUAUGGGGGCCAUCCUUUUGUUUGUUUUCAUCGCAAACCCUGCUGCUUGGAUCUACAAGGUCCUAUUCUAUGCAAUCAUGGGUCUUUUCUUUUUCAUACCAUUUACUUCACAAUUCUUCUUCCAUGCUCUCCCGAUAUGGGCUUGGUUAGGAAUUUACUUUACCUCAUCUUAUUUCCCUGCAGGAAAGAGACCCCCAAUUACCGUGAAAGUGCUUCCUGCCAUCGAGACCAUUCUCUAUGGAGACAAUUUAAGUGAUAUCCUUGCCACAUCCACCAACAAGGUAUUCGAUAUCUUUGCAUGGAUUCCGUAUGGGAUAUGUCAUUUUGGGGCACCCUUCGUGGUGGCCAUAAUCUUAUUCCUAUUUGGUCCCCCCACAAUCUUACAAGGAUAUGCCUUUGCAUUCGGUUACAUGAAUUUAAUAGGUGUUCUCAUCCAGAUUUGUUUCCCUGCUGCACCACCAUGGUAUAAAAUUCUUUACAAUUUGGAUCCUGCCAAUUAUUCCAUGCAUGGAUCGCCCGGUGGUCUUGCUCGAAUUGAUAAAUUAUUGCAUAUCUCAGUCUACACGAAGGGUUUCACUAACUCAUCUGUCAUAUUUGGCGCAUUCCCAUCUUUACAUUCGGGUUGUGCCACUAUGGAGGCAUUGUUUUUCUCAUAUUGCUUCCCCUGGUUAAGACCAUUGUUUAUCUUCUACGUUGCAUGGCUUUGGUGGGCCACCAUGUAUUUAACUCAUCAUUAUUUCGUGGAUUUGAUGGCUGGGUCUGUGAUCUCCUUCUUCAUCUUUCAAUAUACAAAAUAUGAACAUCUACCGCUAGUGGAUACGGAUUUGUUUUGUAGGUGGUCGUAUGCAGAGGUGAAGAGAUACGAUGUACAAUCAAUGAAUCCAUUGACUGAGGAUGACGUAGAAAGUGUUCCCUUACAAGAAUUGGAAUUCAGUCUGGACGAUUUGAGUGAUGACGACGAUAAUAACAGCAACAAGAAGAAUAAAAACAAUAGGAGGUUUGAACCUUCUGAAUUAUCCAUUUAA